GCGUUGCUCCUUUGCGCGGAGGUGAUUGGAGGUGAUUUCUCACUCUUUCAGCGGAUCGGGGUCAAAUUAGCUGCGAUCGGCGAACGUACUGAACGUACUGUUUACGAAUGAAUCGAACGCCAUGUGUCUGUGUGUGUUUUAUCUUGAACUACAAAGGAUACCGUGCUGACCGUACUAUGUGAUCCUCCUCCAAGCCACUGCUGUGGUAAAUAAGUCAUAAACUGCACAGAUGCAUUAAAUGCAAGCAAUUAAUCAAGGACAUCAGAAACUGAAGAUGUCGUUCGUAAAGUGGUGCGAGCUGUGCCAAGCGGAAGGAAUUCGAAGCCCUGUUUGCUUGUUCCAGAUAAACUUUACAGAAGCGGUACAGAUGUGCAAGCGUCCCGAGUGCUUGGACCUGGUGCAAGCCAAAAGUUUCCAGAGCCUUAUUGUUCACAGAGACGUAUUACAACCUGGACAAAAGAUCCCUGUUCCUGAAACUAACACUUUGGACACCACCUUCACAAAACCAAAGAUAACUGACAACUCAUCAGUACCUGUGGAUGACAGCUUGGAGAGGUUCCUGGCAUCAUUUGACGAUGAUCCCGCCAUCCAGCAUACGUCGAAAGACUGCAAUAAUCCUGCGAUCAUUUCUCCAGCAACGUUGUUGCCUGAAGACAAGGAAACCGCGGCACUUUCCGAAGUGACUCGCGUCCCGGUUGUAUCUGCCAAAGAAGCAGCCAAAACAACUCUAGCAAAAGGAAGCUCUGCUGAGCUUUCCAACGUCAAGGAAGAAACUCCCCUAAAUGGUUCUCAAGAGACAGUCCGAGGAGUGACGAACGCUAGUAGAGGUGUCCGCACAAAUUCGUGCAACACAUUAGCUCGAGAGUUGGAAGAGCACAGCUACACAAAGCCUCCUCAAUUGGAAUCCGCACAGAACACGUCUCGUUCCGUAGAAUCUAAUGCAUCUCCCCAAGUUCCCAUGAUUCCCAGUUCAGAAGGGAAAGAGCAAGGAAGCGUUUCUGUGCCCGAUAUUUACGCUUCUGGUGUGCCCAGCAUCUGUGACGGCUUUUAUCCAAUGGAUGUGAAUGCAGUGCCAUCAUCAUCAUCAUCACAGCGGUGUAGACAAGACAGAAGAAACGAUAUAAUCUUUGACUUUACGGAAAGGGAAACGAGCAGAGAGAGGGACACGCAGCAUCGUGCGGGUUUCGGUAAUGCUGGCAGCUUCUAUAGUGCUGGUGACACGGUGAGUUCCUGUCUUCGUAUUGCAGAAAGCAUGGGCUCUGUCACUGUCGUACGUAGCCUCGAAUCUGCUUGUGAGGCCCAAGAUCCUCUUGUAAUGAAUGAUCACUUCAUAAUGGAGCUAGGAGCCUCGGUUGAUGUAACACAUCAAUCCGUUUAUGAGAGUAAGGCACCUUUGACGGUGGAGCUGAUGCCUGCACAGAAUCCCAGUAUAGAGGUUUUAAAGGACACCGGCACAAACAGCGAGCCUCCUACGUCUUACAGAGUUAUGAUCAGCGAAGCCACAAGCACGAUAGGUUCAUAUUCUAUGGGACAAAGCUUUGACGUUGAUCUCCCUGAAAGAUGCAGUCAAGGAAGAGGUUCCAAAAAUUUUGUCACUGCUGUGCCGGCAGUGGGGCAGCAGAAGGGGACGAGGCGAACUGCUAAGCAAGCUAAUCCAGCAGACGACGGAAAAAAUGGUGUCCGCACUCACGUUACUCAAUCCGUUCGACCGACCAGCCAGCUUGGAAUCACUGGAGCGAGCCCGUCCCAAAGCAAGACAGAGGUGGAUCGACUUCAAAGUGCCGCGAGCAGUGGUCAAACCAAAACCAUAAUUGAAUAUCAUACUCCAGAGGGAUUUCACUACUACAAAGCUGUGCCUGCGGAAGACAGCGCAGAGUCCUCUACAAACCCGGGGAGUAGAACUGCGCCGAAGCGGAAACUUCCGGAGGAAUCGCCGACGCAACAGCCACCAAAACCUCGGCAGGCACGUGUUGCCAGCACCCGAAAUGCCCCUCUCGUCCUCAACAAGCUAGCCAUGAUCAGCAGCGUGCUGCAGAAUUCCAAAAAACCACCACCGGGCUCCUUCGCACCUCUGCCGCACACCCAGAAGAGUCGGCCACCUAAGAAGAAAGCGAGGAAGAUGGAACAAAGAGCGCCUCAGAGAAAACACGCAGAACAGCAGCUUCCUGCCUACCGAGUAUCGGAUCCGGGCUUUUCCGUCGACCUCUCCCUUUCUCAGCGCAGUCCCGUCCGCAGCGAGGACGGUUCUUCAAGCUCGAAGCAGAGCAGCGGAUCAGACGGGAUGCAAGGGUCGCGGUUCAGCCUGCUCGGCGACAGCUCUCUCGGAGCAAACGUGUCGAGCAGCACGUUUGUUCGUAUGGUCAAAGAUCAGGUUAGGGCGAGGACACAAAGUGGCAGUGGCUUUGCAGGUUAUCACCCGGUCCUGGCGAACAAGCCUCCGUACGGGGUGGAAAGUAAGACAGGUAGGCAGGGUCGGAAAAACGUUCUCCCGGACAGUUCCUUUAAUAAUUUGUCCCAGGAGCUGGACGAAAUAGUGACCAAGGUGGAAAAGACCGACGACGGACGUCAGUACGACAGCAUACUGGCUGAAUUGCUCAACAUAGUUUGAAGACCGUUACGUUGUUGGAACAUUGUGUGUUUGCACUUCGGUUACACUGGGUACUCAAGAAAUAGACAUUCCUUUCAUUUGUUUUUGUUUCAAUUUGUACAGACACCCCACGUCGACACAUUUAUUACGCAUUUCCUUUUUUUUGGGCAGCAUGUGUGCGGAAUAAAAAAGAAUGUUGCAACUUGUUAA